AUGGCAACACAGUGGGUUCUGGGCAAGGUCUCAGAGGCUCUUGCUCCUACCGUGUCCAGCACGGUGUCAAGCGCCGGGUCCUUUGCCGGUGGAGCGGUGAAUGCACUGGGGAAUAGCAUCAAUGGAGUGGGAGAGACCAUCAACGGGUCCAUCCGCCGGUAUGGCGACGGAGUGAAGGACUAUGGAAAUGGAAUCAUGGACUGGACAUCAGCGGACGGGUUGAGGGCAGCAACGGCGAGCAAUCCAUUAGGGUUGAGUGCAGGCAAGACGGGCGGCAAACGACAGGUGACGGGCGGCGGUGUUUAUCGAGCACCGCCGACGACGCCCACGUCCGCCAACUCCAAGACCUUGAUGACGACGAGCAAGACGGCCGCGCCUCAGAAGAAGAUCGAACCUGGCACGCCCAGGAAGGCAUUGCCUGGGCCACCCGGAGCGAAACCAGCAGGUGCGGUGAAGAAGGCUGCUGGCGCCCCUCCUGUCAAGAAACCCCCUACAGCCCCUCUCAAGCCCGUCCAAAAUGCCGCCAAAACCGUCACACCCAACCCCGGGGCGAUGAGGAAGAAGCCAGCUGAGGGUGUCAACGGUGCUGCGAAACCGCCUGGCGCAGCCGCAGCGAAGAAACCCACUCCCGUCAAGCCAAACGGGUCGGCAGCUGCUUCCAAACCUUUAGCGACGACGACAGCGAACAAGGCGAAGUUGCCAGGGCCAAACCCUACACGUGCUGCCAAUCCACUGGGACUCAGCUUCUAG